AUGGUUAAUGAGAUCAAAGCCCACCACUUGCAAACGAGACUUUUCAAGAUUUUGUGUGAAGAGGUGGGCGCGGCGUAUACGUCUCUGCUUUUCUACUCGAAGGCAAGAUGGCUUUCAAGAGGGAAAGUUACUCGCCACCUCAUCACCCUUCGAUCUGAAGUGCGUGAAUUUCUGUACGCCAAACAAUCGCCGCUGGCUACUUACUGGGAUGACCCUAAAUUUGUACAGCAGGUUGCAUAUUUAGCGGACAUCCUCGAGAAAUUAAAUGAACUGAAUGUGUCGAUGCAGGGAAGAAAUGACAAUGUGCUAACUCUGAGUGACAAGAUAAAUGGAUUCCAAGGAAAGCUUAACAUUUGGAGAAGAAAGGCAUUACAUGACACGUUUGACAUGUUUCCGACUCUCCAUGGCCUGCUCGAAGAGGACGAUUUACUUAUCAAAAGCCAAAUUACGGAGCAUCUUGACGGCCUCUCCGGAAAAUUUGAAGAGUGGUUCGGGGACCUACCCGGGGAAGAGCUGGACUGGGUCAGGAACCCGAUCAGAGUCGAAGAGUGGGACAUGCCGCUGAAACACCUCGAGGAGCUGAGUGACCUGCAGGCUGAUCGGUCAACUAUGCAGCACUUUGAAACAACUCCCCUCGACACAUUCUGGCUCUCCCUCUCGGCGGAUUAUCCAUGCAUCUCCGACCGAGCAGUUCGAGUGCUACUCCCAUUCGCCGCAACAUACUUGGCUGAAUCUACAUUUUCUGACCUCACAGUAUCAAGUGAGGAUCAAGAGAGAGCUCAGGAUUGCAGCUGGGUGACCAAAGAUCCAGAUGAUGUCAAUAAACCUAAACAUUCACAGAGUAUUCCUGGUACAAAGUUUGCGUCUUCACAGGAAUUUUAA